GGUGAGGGCAGGAAUGACUCUGUUGAUUCUCAGUGUCUCCUCCUAGUGGUGAGAGCAGGACCAGCAGCUGCAGUGGAGAUGAAGCGGGAUAAAUGUGAACGGUCUGACAGUAUCUCCCAGCGAAAGAGGAAGGAGCAUCAUGACUUCACUCUGAGCCUGCGCGAGAUUGCUGCCCUGCUUCCUCUCACUGGCACUGCACACAGCUGCAGGAUCACCAAGAAGGAUACUCUGGUUCAUGUGCUGAGAUACCUGGAGUACCUGCAGAGCCACAUAGACUCCCUGGAGACACUGCUACCAGGCUGUGACAGUGGCCCCUCAGACCCGCGCACACCCCCCCUCAACAGAAAGUCAGCUCGGCGAAAGAGUGUGUGCAGCCGACCCAGGAAGAGACAGCCAGCCAGCAGAGGCAGCGAGGGGGAGGGGUGUAACAGGAGGAGGAGACUGUAUGGGGCGGAGUCAAGGUGGGAUGACACUGACGGGGUGGAGCUCUCUGAUUGGCCCGUGUUCCACAACAUUGAUAGCUCAUCCCCUCACCCCAACUCUCAGGACUCUGUCAGGAGCUGCAGUCAGACCCCCGGGGCCACAGCGACACCUACAGAUCUCGGGGCCCCUCCGGAGGACCGUCCCUGCUCUGCCUGUGGAGAGCAGAGAGGCAGUGAGGAGGGCAGACCUGUCAGAAGCCAGGUCUUCGACUCCCCACACACUGGGUCUGGGGGUCUCCUGAAUGAUCACAUGUUGUGGUGGUACCCCUCCUCUGGAGAGGACGAGCCCUCCCUCAUCCCCAGCUCCCCCCCACACCCCAGCACAGGCUCCUCCCCUCUCCGGACUCUGUGUUUUGGGGAGGAUCUGAACCUCUCCCCCUCCCUCCUCACCUCUCCUGCGCGGGACCUAACAGUGAGCUUCCUGCAGGAGGGGCAGGAGAACCUGCAUGUCCUGUUUGAAGACGUGUGGGUCAGUGCCAAGCACAGCGCAGAGAGUCAGGAACACAGCGCUGACAACACUGCCGAGUGGGACAGUCUGCUAGGGGGAGGCUGGCUGUCCUCUGCCAGCGAGGGGGAGGAGCAGGGGGACUUCACAUGGACCCCCUCUAAGCGUGGCCCCCCACGAGGCGGCAGGGGCCGACACAGACCCCGCCCCCAAAGGCCCCUGUACACACAACCCCACCUCAAGAAGAAGUGUGUCAACGGAUUCAUCAUGUACUGCAGAAUGAACAGAAAGAGCUACCUGCGCUCUCACCCUGGCAUCCCCUCCACUGUGGUGACCAAAAAGCUGGCCGGCCAGUGGCACAACAUGAGCAAGCAGGAGCGCAGAGUGUACUGUGUGAAGGCUCGCAGAUUCAGCCGACAGGAGAACCGGAAUGUGUGCAGCCUGUGGAGCGAGGGGGAGAGAGACGGAGAGGGACAGGAGAGAGGGAGAGGGUGUAGGAAGGAGAGGGAGAGGGGAAGCAGGAGAGAGGGAGAGCAGCGCUCUGAUCAGAGCAGGCUGUUCAGAGGGGAUUCCAGAGAGCUGCUCCCCAUAGGCCCUGCUGCAGGGCUGCUGAGCAGCACAGAGACGGACGUUCUGUGACACUCCGCUUGGAUACCAGAGGGCUCAAUUGAAAACAAUGCAAAACAACAUGUGUAACACCUGGAAAACGUUUUAAACGUUUACAUGUCAGUCACUUCAGUGUAAUAGCAUGUAGUUCAUGUAGCUGUUUUUUAAAUUGUUCAAUGUUUGCUGAUUGCACCGAAGAAAGAUUGUGACGUCAGGAACAGGACGAGUCACUAGAAAACUGAAGUGAGUAAUCCUGGUUACCAUUCAUCGCUCCGAACUGAGAAAUAUUAAAGAAACCAUUAAUUCAAUAACAAACGACUAGACGUUUCUUCAGCAUACUUUCAGUGACAAACGACUAGAAGUUUCUCAGUGUCUUCAGUGUAAAUUCAAUGACAAACGUUUUGAAUGAAGUCUUUCUCAGUGUCUUCAGUGUUGAAUGAAUUGAAGACACCAAGACUUCCAAAUUGAUCUUUGAUUUCGUGAAUCACAGCUUGGUUUGAAGUAUAUGUAAGUUAACCCUAUUUACUAAAACCAGCUGAAUUGUUUUCUUUCUCAGUUUUUCUCGUGUUAAUGAGCCAUCUAACAGUGUAUCACAAAGUCUUCAUCGAAACAUUUAACUUUUAUUGAUUGUAUUUCUGAAUUCUAAAGCAAUGCCACAGCUUCUGAUUAGUGCCUGAACUCUGGAUUACGGUUCCCUGGAGCGCGCCGUCUGCUCCUCCAGCCUGCAGGCUCAACGCAGCGUGCAGCCACAAACGCUGUGCCUCUGUUAGAUUUUAGGUUUUGAUUUACUGGUUGUGUUUGUGUUUAAUAGCGUUCGACAAAAUAAACUCUUAUUACAGUUUGCUGGGUUUGAUUUUCUCAGUUCCAGUGUAGUAAUCCUCAGCGAUAGUCCAAAUACUAACGAAACUUUGUGAAUCCAAAGCUUGGCUUGCUAAGAAUUAUUUGUCAAAAAAGUGUUCAAAGUAUAUUUAACUUAAAAAAAAGAUUCAUUAAAUGACUGGAUUAAUGUUAUUUCCAGGGGUUUUAGUCUUGACACAUUAAUAAUCUGAUCUAUUAGAUCGAUCAAUCACACCAGCUUGCUAGUGAUAUGAAAUUGUAUUGGAAGUUAUACAAAGUGUUAACACAAUGCUAUUUGCUGGUAAUGUUUCACAAUGACAGCUGAUGUGUAAUCACAUGUAAUGACAAUUUGAAAUAUUUGCUUGCAUGUAAUUGGAAUUUAACAAAGGCGAGUUUUUAAAAUGUUAAAUUUGAAUUGCUGUUUUUGAUGUACUGUAAGCGUUCACAUUUUAGGCUCACAAAGGAAACAUGGAGUGCUGUUUUAGUUCGGUUAGCUGAUGAGAAAUGUCAUUUAUUGAGUGCUGUUUUUUGUUAGCUGGAGAAAAGGUACAAUAUAGCUGUUCAUUUUCUGGCACCGUUUGAAAGAAAUAUGUUGCAACUCUUUCCUCCACAUUUGUUUUUGUAUAAACUUGUGACUAAGAAGAUACAAUAAACUAGUAGACUGCACUGUGGUGUUAUUCUGAGUGCAGGAUCUACACUCUUAGUGACUGUAUAUCUCUGAUCUCUUGUUUAAUUACUCUGCAAGUCUGACUAAACUGAACAGGGCAGCAGGGCUGUGGAGCACAUGUCCCACUGAGAUCAGAGACUCCCGAGUCCCUGCCUGGUUUAAAACUCGCCUGAAAACUAAUUUAUUUAAAUUGGCAUUUGUAUUUUUUUUUUUAGCUGUUAAUAUUUCUUGUUUUUAAUAUUGUCUACCAUGGUACAUUUUUAUUAUUGUUAUUUUAUCUGUCCUUUCUCAUUUGUUAAGUGCUUUGUGGUAUUUUUUUAUGA